CUUUCCGGUUUAGUUCUUGGGGCUAGAAGCCGUUGUUUCGGUUUUUAUUAUUUUUAAUCGCCUCUAAUCCAUCAAUAUGAAGAUCUAUAAGGAUAUUAUUACAGGUGACGAGAUGUUCUCAGACACAUACAAAGUCAAGCUGGUUGACGAAGUAAUCUAUGAAGUCACCGGUAAAUUAGUGUCGAGAAAGCAGGAUGAUAUUAGAAUUGAAGGUUUCAAUCCUUCUGCUGAAGAGGCUGAUGAAGGAACUGACACUGCAGUAGAGAGUGGUGUGGACAUUGUACUCAACCAUAGGCUAGUGGAAACAUACGCCUUUGGUGACAAAAAAUCGUACACAUUAUACCUAAAAGACUACAUGAAAAAAUUAGUAGCAAAAUUGGAGGAGAAGGCACCUGAUCAAGUAGAAGUAUUUAAGACUAACAUGAACAAAGUAAUGAAAGACAUCUUAGGAAGGUUUAAGGAACUCCAGUUCUUCACUGGUGAAUCUAUGGACUGUGAUGGCAUGGUCGCCAUGAUGGAGUACAGAGAUGUUGAUGGUGGUCAAAUACCAAUCAUGAUGUUCUUCAAACACGGCCUUGAGGAGGAGAAGUUCUAAGUGUACAGCUUAAGUGAAUAAUCUCAUAUUCAAAUUACUGGCGCCUAAUCCACAAUUUUUUUAUUUAUUUAUAAAAUCAUGUCUGCAUCGGCUGGAACCGGCUAUUCCCAUUACAAGGCUGAACAUUUUUGUAAUGUUAACACGACAUAAAUAAAUGAACAAUUAC